UGCAACAAAUGUGCCUGUUCCCAAGCGAGUUCUCCCCGACGGCUUCCACUUACUGCAAAAUUUCCUUCCCGUGAGAGCUGCAGAUCGGCAUGCGCAAAUUUUUGGCAAUCCUUCUGGCGUGCAUUGGCGCCAUUGGCCACCCGGCCAAUGCAGCCGACCCGCUCCAGCAUUACAACGUGGACCCAUCCGGCGUGACGGUGUCCGGAUUCUCGUCCGGCGGCGGGAUGGCGAGCCAGCUCCACGUCGCGCUUUCCGCCAAGAUCCGCAGCGCCGCCGUCUUCGCGGGAGUUCCGUACUACUGCGCCGGGGACGGGUCGGCGGAGGGCGUGUCCAAGUGCCUGCAGCAGGAGGUGGUCGCGGGGGAGCUGGUCGAGGCGACGAUGGGGUUCGCGGCGGAGGGGCUCAUCGACGACCCGGAGAACCUCGCCGACGACCGGGUCUUCCUCUUCUGCGGCACUGCAGACGACCUCAUCAGUAAUUCUUUCGUAUCCACUGAGACGAUCACCGUUGAUCAGACGAUCACCGUUGAUCAGACGAUCACCGUUGAUCAGACGAUCACCGUUGAUCAGACGAUCACCGUUGAUCAGACGAUCACCGUUGAUCAGACGAUCACCGGUGAUCAGACGAUCACCGUUGAUCAGACGAUCACCGUUGAUCAGACGAUCACCGGCUAUAGUCCAGACCUCUCCAUGAUCGUCCAGGAAUACUAUUCCGCCUUCGUGGAUUCCAGCAGCAUGAAGGGCGAGUUCUCCAUCCCCGCUGGGCACGGCCUCCCGACGGAGGACUACGGCAACGACUGCGGCGACUACCAGCUCCCGUACCUGAACGACUGCGACUACAGCGGGGCCUUCGAGUCCGUCGACUGGAUCUACGGCGGGGGCCUCGCUCGCCCUCAAGGCACAGUGGAAAGCCUGUGGAACUACGGCGACGUGGAAUUGCUCGGCACGUUCGCGUCGUUCGACCAGACGGAAUUCGUGGACUCGGACGCGGGGCACAGCAUGGACGCGGAGGGCUUCGUCUACGUCCCCGGGGCCUGCCUGGAGGGAGACGUCGCGUGUCGCCUGCACGUCGUCCUGCACGGAUGCGGGUCGGGCAGGGAGAUGGUGGGAGACCUGUACGCACGGGAGAGCGGCUUCAACGAGGUCGGGGAGUUGAACGAUGUCAUCGUCCUUUAUCCCCAGGUCGCCUUCAGCCUCGUGAAUCCCAUCAAUCCUCUUGGGUGCUGGGACGUCUAUGGGUACACUGGGCCGGAUUACGCUUGGAAGGAAGGCGUGCAGAUCCAGGCGAUCGAACGGAUGAUCGACCGAAUCGUCAGCGGGUCGUGAAGUCGCAGUGGGUUCAUUUUUCUUCUCGUUUGUUCGAUUCGGCAGACGAAGAGGGUGGUAUGAUCCAGCUGGAAAUAAAGAAUUCGUGGAAUACC